UUGGUUUUUUAAACUGCCGGAUCCGACCGUUGACCCGAAAAACCACUUUGUGUGGGAUAGAGAGACCUCCUCUGCCAAAAAGAUCAAACGGAAAAAUGGAGGAGGAACCCAUCCCGGAACCCGGAUCCGGACCCUUCUCCUCCGCCUCCAACGGCGGUAGAUCCAUAGAGGAAUGCCAAUCCAUGAUCCAAAGAAGUCUUCGAAUUCCAAUGGUGAAGUUUCUGAGGGAGCAUUUGGAGAAAUCUGGGUGUGUAGUUGGGGACAAGUUCAUCAGGGCCGCCCGUUGUGACAAGCAAAUCAGUGGCGGUUACGUUCGCGGCGAAGGGAUUAUGGUUUGUAGUAAUCACAUGAACAUUCAAGACGAGGUGGACCAAGUGGUGAUACAUGAGCUAAUUCACGCGUAUGAUGACUGCCGUGCUAGAAACUUGGACUGGGCUAACUGUGCUCACCAUGCUUGCAGUGAGAUUCGGGCCGGUCAUCUAAGUGGUGAUUGCCACUACAAGCGGGAAUUUCUGCGGGGUUAUAUGAAGCUACGAGGCCAUGAACAAGAAUGUGUGAGAAGAAGAGUCAUGAAGUCGGUGAUUGCUAACCCUUACUGCUCAGAAGCAGCUGCAAAGGAUGCCAUGGAAGCUGUCUGGGAUGUUUGUUACAAUGAUACACAGCCCUUUGACAGAGCUCCCUGAAACAUGCUGAUCACUACUUGCCAAUGCCAAACCAGCUGUCCCUUCCAGUUUUCUUGUAGGAAUGGUGUUGUAGCAGACUCUGGCUUUGAAGCGAGUAAUAUGCCCUUAUUUUUGAGUUGACAUGACUUAAGUCAAUCAGAAAGCUCAUUUUAUUUAGAUUCUUUCUCCAUUUUCUCUGAGAUAUAACUGCAUAAAGAGAAUUUUACAUUUUUGAAUGUUAUACAUUAUUGUACACCAAUGAUUGAUGCUUUCUCAGAGACAAAUUCAAAUUCAAAGAAUAAGAAUCCCUUUAUUAGUUGUGCCUCUUUCAAUCAGAAGAAGUAUGUAUUUUUGUUAUAAUGCUGAUCGAAUGCUUCUGUCAUUAGAGGAAUGCAAUUUAUGAUGAUUGGAAUGUGA